CCGUAGGGGCGGGAAUCAGUGGCCAAGAGUGCAGUGCGAUGGUAGGGCGAGGGGGCUGUUUGGAGAGGGGUGCCGAUGACAAGUCAGGACACAAACGUCGCUAUCAAGUAACAGGAUACACUUUGUAUAGAGAGAGAGGGAAAGCUUACUACACCCUUUCUUGAUAGAGCUAGCUGUGAGGCUCACACACACCAUGUACCUGAACGUGAAUCUUACGCCGCCACCCCCCUCGGCGGCCGAGGGCUCCUGCACCACACCCAAGACGCCGGAGAUCCUCAACUCCCUCAUCAACCUGACUAGUCCGCCCCUCCCCCAGUCCUACUCCCAGUACCAGUGCCAGGUGGAGAGCGGGGCGCUGCUGAGCCCCGCCAGUGACUUGAGCAGCCCCGGAGAGGAAACCGCAGCCGGCGUUCUGGGCGUCGGCUGCAGCAAAGCAAACGACAUACGACACCUCGCCGACGCGAUGGGCGCCGUCACCACUUAUGCGGGCGGGGGCGGGUGUGGAGGAGGUGGCCUGGUGGGCGGGUCCCCCGGCACCUCCGGUAUGGGCGGCCCCCUGGCUGGGGCCUCGCCUCCCUCCACCCCCGACCUCCCCUCGCCCGUCGACACCGUCAAAGUCACCAAGUCCCGCCUCAUCAAGGAAGGCCUCAAGGUGCAGAUCCGCACCAAGCUGCAGGCCGCCGGCGUCGACACUGCCGAGUCCCUCCUCGACGAAACCAAGAUCUUCAAGGAUGUAAGCAACGAUCUGACAGAGGAGGACGAGGAGCGGAGACGGCGGCGGCGGGAGCGGAACAAGAUCGCCGCCACUAAGUGCAGAAACAAGAAGAAGGAGAAGACCAACUUUCUAAUGACCGAAUCAGAAAGUGUCGAGGACAUCAACUUGAGGCUCAAGACGGAGAUUCAGCGACUCACCUCGGAGAAGAACAAGCUAGAGAAGCUGCUGUGUGACCCGAGCCACCGGGCACAUUGUCGCCACUCCCCGCGCUGCUCCAAGCCCCUGAGGCCACCGCUCGUCAUAGUCACGCCGGCAGAGUCGCCUGACACCACCACCUCAAGUUCUUCCUCUUCAUCUUCUUCCUCCUCCACGUCCUCCACAUCCCUGGAUAGCCCCACCUCCCCCCCACUCCCCAGCACCUCCUCCUCCUCCAUCUAUGACCCUCCCCUCCCUGUGGUGUCCCACGUCACCUCACAACCCCAGAGCUUGGUACCCAUGACAUCCCCGCCGCCUGGCGCCACCGCCACCUCAUCAGACUCUGUUUCCUGUGCCUCAUCAUCCUCAUCUCAGUUCCUGGCACCGAAAUACAGCCCGGCGCAAGUCAUUAACCAGAGGCACCAUCCCUACCAAUACCCCGGACGCUCCCAUCAGUCCUCAGGCGUCGGGGGGGAGAAGCAGGGGUACGGCAGCCCGGCAUCCCCCCCCGGCUGCCAAACCAAGCCCAGUUACAACUACUCCUGCUUGGGUGUGCCCAGGACCCACGAGUUUGUCCCGCCCACCCCGCCGUCCCAAAAGUACACCGCGCCCAAGUCCCGUAGUGGCGGGCUGGUCAGGUACAACCCGUACAGCACACGGCCGCCGCCCGUCACCUCGCCCCUGGCCACACACGCCCACCCACAGCCCGUGACGGUGGCGUGCGGUGGGGACGCGUACGUCCAGCCCAACAAUAAUAGUGGCUGCGGCCGCGAGGACCAGCAGGCGUAUGUCUCAGAUUUGCAUACAAAUCCGUUUUUCCCGCCGUGUUCUUAUAGCAACAUGUGACCCUCGGCCAAGCCGGCGUGAGCGUUGCACGUGUGCUGUCCGGGUUGUUACCUAUUCAAGGUGGUGCUGUGUAUAGUUUAUUGGACACUACUCAUGCAUUUGUCUUUCCCUGCAAGGGCCAGCCAAGCUGUGAGACGCACUGGGACUUCUGCACAAGUUUUCUUCGUGGCCUUGUAUAUUUGGCCAGAGUUUAGACAAGUUUGCUUGCAUUGUAAUUUUGCUGAUGGGCAAGUUUUGUUGUUGCAUGUUGUUUUAUGAUAUAGCCCUCAGAAAUCUGAUGGUUGUUUUGAACAUUUAGCCAAGAGGCAGGAUUGUGCCUUUUUGUGACUUGUGUUGUUGUUGGUGUUACUGCUAGUGCCGGGCUGAUUUGGGUGUUGGUGUGCGUGUGAGUGAGUGCUCCGGAGCCGGUCACUAGGGACUAGCACCUCUCUCUGGACCUUCUUUAUAUUGGCCAAUGUUCUUUGUACUAUUUGAUCCAUACAUAUAUAUAUUUUUAUUAACUAUAUUUUCAUAAAAGAAAUGUUGGCAAAUAUGACACGAUGCUAAAUGAUUUAGGUACAAACUCCACAACAUUCCUCUCUCCCUGUCAAAUGGUGAAGGACGAGUUACACCCAGCCGCCACGCGCGCCAGGCCGCUCCACCAGCAGUGCUGCGACGAGCCAGCCUGCGCGGCGCCCUGAGGCAUGCCAUGCCCAGCAGCUGUGGCGUUUUGCCGCACAGAAUGUCGAGCGUCACGGGACACGACUCAUCCUCGGUGCCCUGCUAGCUGCUCCUAUACUUGAGUGUGGUUCAGCCUCUUUCUGAGGCCACAGAGUAUUGAAGACUGUAACCGUCACAGACAAUGUCAGUGCCAUGUUUGUGUGUAUCGCACCCUUCGUAUUCGUGAAGGUGUCUGUAUACCCAGUAUUGUCAACCUUGAUUAUUCCCGUCACUCGUGUUGGCCAUCACUGUCCCAGGCCCAGUGCUUGGGGGGGCCCAGUGCCGCCUGAUGCCACUAGUGAUGCCAGAGCCGGGGUCGCGGGCACGGGUGUCCGCUUCCCCACCCCCACACUUCCUCUGUUGUCAGCUCCCGUUCCAGACAGCUGGCUGUUGAAGGAACUUGUCCUUUGUCAGUAGUUUUAUGUUUAAUGCUUUGCCAUCACAUGGUCACAUUGUCUUUAUGACAUAUCUGAAGUCGACAGCAGGUUUCCUGCCUACCUGAAGUAUUUGUGGUUCUCGAGCCAUUUGGUGCUAUACUGAAUAUGAACUUAAUAACGAAUGAGGUCCGCGACCAUAUUCAGACGUUACUUUUAUAAUGUGUGAUACUUGCAUCAUAUAGGGACUCAUCCACUAUGAUUCAAGCCAGUCUCUGAGACAAUCUUCAUCUCUUUCAUCUCAUACAUACUUCCAAAACCCUUUGAACCUGUUCCCUUAAUCACUUCCUGUCUGCCUUCCCAAACGUUCACAACACACUACCCUGUCCCUCCCCGACCCUUUCCCACCUGCCCCGUCGUGGGGAGGGAAGAGAAGGAGAGUGUACAGGACGUGGUGGUGGUGGUGGAGGCGGUGCCCUGCCGCACGGCCACCACGACCUACCGUCCCAACUGUCUGCACCACUCCUAGCAGCCGUCCAGCUCACCUGGCAGCCGCCACGCACGAUCAUCUACGACAGAAAAAAAUGAAUUCGAUGAUAACCCUGCAGGUUUCCUUCACAAAUUAGGAGCAAGAGGGACGGCCGCGGUGGGUGAGGCGCAGCCCGCAUCACCCACCUCAGCAAGGCGGCGCCACGCACGACGUCGCUGCCCCCACACCACCGCCACACUCGAACACACUCUACACGACCUUUCAACGAACACGCUACGAAAACGACAUCACUGACCCGACGCCCCUCCACCGCCGCCGCCGCUUCACCGCCGCGGCGGGGCGACUCGAACUCGACUCCUCGCACGGUGAGGGGCGCCGGAGGUCGGGGUGACACGCAUGCACAGCCUGGAGGUCUUGAAGGGAGGGAGAGGGGCCACCUUCCGUACGCCAUCUUGCCACUACACUUUCUUCAUGCAUUCUUUUCCUUCAUGCUUUCUUCAGUUCUCUAUUUGUAUGCAUUCUCUUUAUCCUUCGUGCAUUCUGGUUUUCACGCACACAUUGCCUGCCCCGCCUCAUCACUGCCAUUGUUAAACACGCCGCUAUAGUAAUACGUAAUCAUAAUGUGUAUAAAAGCGCCCGGUGACAAUGCCGCUUUAAUCCAGGAGCGGUGACUUAACUUAUAAUGCGACUUGAACCGCUGUGUAACGCGUCUACUCGUAACCACUACCACGAAGCAGGAAUGUGUGCAUGUUAGCAGGAUGUAGCGAACGUGAUAAAGCGAUAAUGCGACCUUGGGUUGGCACCUCUCCCUCUCCUGGACCUCAUCCAGUGACGACCCACCGACUUCGACACGUCUUCCGCCUGUUGUGGCCGCGCGCCACCACUUCAUAGUUUCCCGACGAACGGCCUCGAGUCAGACAGGCCGAACAAUCACUAAAACAAUCUUACAACAACAGUACUAUUGGCGUUACACGGUGAACAUAAUGUACAUUUAAAAGACAUUAUAUAGAGUAUAUACAUAUCUAUAUAUCACAUACAUUAUAAUUAUGAUUAACAGCCAUCAUAAUAAUUUCCAGUAUUUUUUAUAAAGCUGUUCAAUUAGGCCAAAGCACACAAAAAAUAAAUCAGCACAAUUCGAUAA